CAAGAUCAUUUUCACAUUCUUGGCUUCAUUUCCUUGGCUGAUGUCAAACGCCGUGUUCCAACUGAACGAGAGCGAUCAUGAUCACGAUGCAAUAUGGAGGAUCAAACAAUACAUGGAUGAGACCGCGUUCAUGGACUUGUUUUCCUCCAUUUUUGGACAAGAAAGCUCUUCUUGUGAUACGGUGCAGAAGAUGAACAUGGUUGGUUUGGAGCCACCAAGAUCAGAAUUCAGCAAAGAUGUGAAGGAAAAGCAGAGAUUGAGGAAGCCUAGAGAAGGAGAUUCAAAGAUGAAAAACAGUUUUGAUCAGAGAUUGUCAAUGGAGGAGAUCUUGAUGGUUGCUGGGGAGAAAUUCAUCCAAUUUUCCACCAACAGAAUUGAUGGCAUGUCUAUGCUGUUCCACCCUUAUGGCUCUUCAAUCUCAGGCCUUUGUUCCGAUGAUGAGAGAGAUGUGGAGAUCAUGCACACCCUUCUCUCUGCAGCAGAUAAUGUGGGGAUGAAGCAGUUUGAUGAAGCAGCUAGGCCGCUGGCUCGUUGCCAGGUGAUGGCGUCUGAAUCAGGCACCCCCGUGCAGCGCCUUGCCUGCUACUUCUCUGCAGCCCUGGAGCAAAAGAUCAGCAGAGAAUGUGGCAUGGUGAUCACCACGAGGAAAACAGACGGUGGUGGUCAUCAUGUAGGGCAUGCAUUAGGCACAGACAACGCGUUCUUGGCCUCGUACCAGCAGCUGCCCUUUGGCCAAGUAAUGCAGUUUGUUGGAAUGCAGGCCAUCAUAGAGCAAGUGAGAGGUGGUGGGAAGGUCCACCUGAUUGAUCUCCAGAUCAGGAGUGGGAUCCAAUGGACGGCUGUGAUGCAAGGGCUGUCAGACUCGCAGGUGCAACGUCUCAGAAUAACUGCAGUAGGCCCAGCCGAUCAAACAUACAUGGAGAAAACCGGCAGCAGGCUACAGAGCUUUGCUCAGUCUAUGAACCUUCCCUUCUUGUUUGAGGUUGUCUACUUGCACGAGAUGGAUGCAUUCAGCGAGGACCUCUUCAGCAUCGAACCUGAUGAGACCGUUGCAGUCUACUCCUUCUUGAUGCUGAGGUCCAUGAUAUCAAAGCCCAAGUCGUUAGAGACUGUGAUGAAAGCGUUGGCGAGAAUUAGGCCAGCUGUGAUGGUGGUGAGUGAGGUCGAGGCAAACCACAACUCCCCGUCGUUCAUAGACCGUUUCAUGGAGGCCCUACUGUUCUACAGCGCGUAUUUUGACUGCUUGGAGGAAUGCAUGGAGAGGGGCAAUGAGUAUAGGGCGAUUCUUGAGGGGCGUUUCUUUGGGGAAGGGAUCAUGAACAUAGUGGGAGCAGAUGAGGAGGAGAGGGUGACGAGGAAUGUGAAGCUGAGUGUUUGGAGGAAGUUUUUAACGAGGUUUGGGAUGGUGGAGAUCGCGUUGAGUGAUUCGUCAAAGUAUCAGGCAAGUCUUGUGGUGGAGCAGUUUGGGAAAGGGAGGUGUUGUGAUCUUGAGUUUGAUGGGAAGGGGUUGAUUGUGGGGUGGAAAGGGACACCAAUACAGUCUGUUACAGCUUGGAAGUUUUCAUAGAUUGGUGUGUGAUGGAAAUGUGUUUAUUAAGAGUAGAUUGUUUGUCUCAUUCUUUAAUGAAGAAAAGAGUGGUUCAAAGAUCUGUGGCUGUAUAUAUAGGUUUAAUCCAUUUCUUUCAACUGAAAAAACAUCUCCCUUUUGUUGUUGUUGUUGAUUUUGUCACAAGCUAGCUGUUCAUUCAAUUUGAGUAGUUGAAUUAAGUGUAUUAAUU